AUGGACUUUGGGCAGCUUCGCAGAGCAUUCAGGGGCAAAAUCGAAGAAAAGAAGUUUCCUUUCAUAACGUCGUCGGCGCUAUCUCUGGGUGUAGGAAUCGCCAUUCUCGGAAGACGGGGUGGAUCUGACGACCAGAGCAUUGUGGGGUACGUUAGACGAGCGGGGGCAAGGAUAUGCAGUUUUCUGAGGGAAAGAAACCAGGUGAUUCCUGUGCUGCCUCCCCAGGAACGACCAAGGCCCACCGUUGUCUUUGACUGCGAGGACUUUCUUGUGAAGAAGAGGUUCUCGUUUUUCAAUCUGGACUUCCUGGUGACCGGGAGGGCAUUUGCAGAUCUUUUUCUUUUCCAUGCUGCUCACAUAUAUGAGUUGGUUCAUGUUUCGGGGUCGCCGGGAAGCUUCUCUAGGCUUCUUCUGCAUAGGAUAGAUCCGUAUGGCUGCAUUUCCUACAAGGUGUAUUGCAAGGACAAAAAGACGUUCAGCAGCGAGCAUCUAAACAGGCCUCUCCAAAGAGUUGUGGUUGUCUCAACAAGAGAGAAUGAAUACCACAAAGACUUCGAUGGAAACACCAUAAAACUCGAAAGAUGGUCAGGAGAUCCCGAGCAUGGGCUAUUGGAUCUCCUAAACUUUCUCCACAGCCUCCAUUUCAUGGGAAUAAAAGACUUCAGAGGUACGCUGAGAUCGUAUCUAGGGAAAGACUUUUGCAGCGCCUUUGAGAAGGUGCAGAAGAGCAUAUUUGUGCAAAGAAACAUGUUUUCUUGGGACGUAGGAAGAAGAUACAGAAGUAGGAUCAACGAAAUCAAUGAAAAGAGAAUGAAGGACUUCAAAAGAGCAAAGGAAAUUAUGGACACGGAUCUUCCGAGGCGGGACACGAUAGAGGAGAGCUCCAUUCUCCAGUAUGUCUUGGGCCUGGCAACCAGGCUGCUCAUCUGA